GCUAGCGUACACCCACUUUAGUAAAUACCAACAUGGCGGAAAUUCUGUGAAACGUUUCAGUGUUGGCCGAUACACUGAUUCGCUCUUUCGUUUUCGUUAAAAUCAGAGUGCAGAUGAUUCUUUGAUAAUGAAGAAACAGUUUUAUCGCGUGAAACAACUGGCUGACCAAAGGGUCGGAAGAGCGGAGAAGACUGAAAUUUUAACAGAGGAUCUACAGCAUGUUGAAAAGACUGUAGACAAAAUCAAACAUGCAUGCCAAACAACAAAUAAGAGGCUAGCUGCCUCUAUGCAAGGUACUGGAAUGGAUUUAGAGAAAAGAUUGGCUGUGCUAUUCCUCAAGUCAUUACGCGGGUCGGAUGAUCUUGCUAUGCUGUGGCCUCAAAUGAGAUCUGAACUUAUGAGAAAACUUCACCAAACAGCUUUGGCACAAACCAUGUUAGAAUCAGGGCAGCAGUUAGGUGAAGAUUCUCUUUUAGGUAAAGUGAUGCAGAAAGCAGGGGAUGUGCAGACUUCACUGGCAAGAGAACUUGCAGAGUAUGAAAUGCAAGUAGAGAAGGAUGUCUUGGCACCCAUGACAUCACUACUUGAGAAUGAUAUUCCAAAUAUCACACAAACAAAGAAGAAAUUGACAAAGACCAGGCUUGAUAUGGAUACUGUUAAAUCAAGAUGGACAGCUGCUGUCAAAGUCUCCCAUGGGUCAAGCAAAGAUAUGCAAGCUGCUGCAAACAAGGCAGAUGCCCUGAAGGAUGAAUAUGAGGAAGAAACUUCCAAAUUUGAAACCUGUCAGGACACUCUCACUACAGAACUUUUGAAGUUUGUAGCAAGGGAAGGAGAAUAUGCCAACUGGAUAAUAAAGUACAUCGAAGCCCAGCUGGAUUAUCAUCAAAGAGCCAUGUCAGUACUUGACAAUGUCUUGCCUGAUCUCAGGUCCCUCUUGGAUGAAUCAGAACUUCAACCAGUAUAUGGCUGUCCACUGGAGGACCAUCUUAGAAUACAGGAAAGAGAAAUAGCCUUUGUGAUCGAAGAAUGUGCCUCAUUUCUGUACAGAGAAGCCAUGGAUGUACAAGGACUAUUUAGACUUGCUGGUAGUACUGCCAAAAUCCGAAAACUUACGGCUGAAUUUGAUGCUGGUUUAGUAGACUUGUCAGAGUUUGAGGGCGAUGUUCACGUUGUCACAGGAGCACUUAAGCAGUAUCUUAGAGAGCUUCCUGAGCCCUUGAUGACUUCUAAAUUGUACAGUGAAUGGAUACAGGCAUCAACGAUUCAAGAUAAUGGUGCAAAGUUACAAGCAUACUGGACAAUUAUAGAAAAAAUGCCAUCUAUGUACAAAGGCAACCUAAGGUACCUGAUGACUUUCCUUGGGAAGCUUUCUGAAAACAGCGAUGUCAAUAAAAUGAGUGCAAGUAAUAUUGCCAUUGUCAUAGCACCUAACCUCAUAUGGUCAUUAGAGGAUGAAGGUGGUGUAAACGUCAUACACACUGGUGUCCAGUCAUCGAUUGUAGAGGCGUUAAUUCAACAUUAAAGCUGGUUUUUCCCUGGGGAAAUAGACUUCUCUCGUAAAACCGCUUCAGCGACAAAUGGUGUUAAUCAGGGUUUUCCUGAGAAGUGCAAGAAAGGCCCAGGGGACUAUAAGAGUGUCACAGGCGACUUUUUAGAAGAGGUAGUGAGUCUAGUAAAUAAGAAGUGCGUCGAUGACUCUGGUACUCCCGCUCAAAAUUCCCAAGAGUCGGAAACAGCCAAGCCAGCAAUAAUUGAUGUGGAACAAACUAACACUCCUCCACCCAAGAAAAAAGGCACCCCUCCACCCCUGGUCAAAUUUAUGGGCUCUUCGAGUCCAGGCCCUAGCUCUUCCGCUCCACCUCUAGCCGGUCUCAAGCCCGUCGCAACUUCAGUUGGGCCCCCAAGACCCACAAACGCCCCUCCACCACCCCCAUCAAGACCAGUUAAAAGAGAAGCCAAGUAAACGUGGCCAUGUUAGGAAACAGAAUUUAAGCAAUGAUGCCAACGACUGAAAAAACUAAUGGAAGGCUUUUGUACAGUUAAAUUGGCCAUUAUUGAAUUAUUACCUUUAUCAGGAAUAAUAAUAAAGACAGCCGUCCACUUCUAUCCUGCGAAGAUGAGAGGGCAGGAUGUAAAAGGGGAGGGGGGGGGAGGAUGCUCUAGCAAGUGUUCCACAUGAGAAGGAUGAGUAAGAUUUCCAGAAUUUUCAUCUGGGCUUCUGUUGUUUAACCAAGUUACAGGCAGGUUUUUCGCCUGUUGAGUUAAUUUCAAUUACAUUGGCAUUGCUUUUAGGAAGUUGAUAUUUUUGAUUUUAUAUUUCUAGGCAUUGAGAUGGUGCAACUUUUUAGACGAUGUUGUGCUUUAUAGUUUUAGAAGUUUGUGGUGAAUUGAUAUAAUUUACUCUGAAGACGAGGGCUAAUUAAAUGAAAUGCUAAAUCAAAAAUCUCUUAAGAUAAUUAUUGCUGAUCUAUAUCGGUUUUCAUCCGUAAAAUCGUGUUUAUUAACAUUUCAACCAUAUUUUAAGAAUAAAACGUCAUACAUUCUUCUCUUGCGACUAAGGAAGACAAGGUAGCUGUACCAGAAGGAUAAAAAUCCGGCAGGUGUACAUUUUGCUCGGAAUAAUCUCAUUUUCCUCUGCGCGGCACGUUGGGCUCCGGUUUCUUGCCUUGCUCAUAGUCGCAAAGUCCCACUGGUAAAUGCGAGUUGCUAUUGUCGUGAUUGGUCAGACGUGAUAACUGUUGUUUUAGCGUAACAUAAGCCUUUAAAGAAGCACGGUUAUCUUCACAAAUGAUUUUACGAGAUUCUUUCCAGUGACUAGUUCAUGUUCUACGAAACAUUUGUUUUAUGUAUUUGAAUAAAAUGAUGUGGUUAUGAGUUUUAUUAACUUAAUCAACACAUUAUCCUGAUUAAAUAAUGGAAUAUAGCUAGUUUGUGAUAAAAUAAACUUCAAUACAAGUCAAAUUUUAUAAAUCCGGAAGUAACGUUUGUAUAUUUGGAAUAGGGCUCGGGCUCGCUACGCAUCCUAUAUUUUAACCAAUAAGAACUACUUUGUUACUAUUAAAACUAGAAGAAUAUUUUAUUAGUAACAUGAAAUUCUCCCAAAAGUGACAUAUUACGACAUUGCAAUUUUAAAUAAACUUAAAACAUAUGAUGGUG